UUUUUUUUUUUUGCAACUUUCAUCUUUCUCCCUCCUUGGGUAGGAAGCCAUUGUUUCGUUUGAACGAUUGCAUCUAAAAAACUCCUGCAUAUUCCGUUUAGACGAAUAAUCUCCGUCUUGGUUUGGUUUCGUUGUCGCACCCACCGUUUCAAUUUUCUUAUUCCGGGAAAAAAUUUCUGGUGAUGCGUUGAACGAAUUUCUCCGUGGUAUUGAUUCUAGGGCUUAGGCUGAUUAAUAUCGGGAGUGAUAGUCAUAUAUAGAAGAUAUUAUUGCGUAGGGAUUUUAGGGUUUUCUGGUUUGGUGCCAUCACUGUAAUUGAGGCUAGUUCCUUUAUUGGUAGGUUUAUCGAUAGCGAUUAUGAUCUUCGAGCAUCUUUAAAAUCAUCCUGUGGGAGAGACGGUUUUCUCGUCACUGAUUUUCGUGUAGCUUUGAGACGAAUCAUUAUUUUUUGUGGGAAAUUUUGGAUUUUGAGAUUAAGCAGACGAAUGAUUGUGAUAUCUUCCCUGCCCUUUUGUGGUGUUAGGUGAUUAGAGGGUAGCGAGAUAUUCAGCAUUUUAUAUAGGAAGACGAGGCUUUUUGGUUAUAUUGUUCUUGAGGGUGAAAAAGGCCAGAGGAUUUGCAAUUUCGUUCUUUUAUUCUGAUGAAGUAUAGCUUUACUGAUGGAGAAACGUGAACCCUCUUUAGUUCCUGAAUGGUUGAGAAGUACAGGGCAUGGUUCUGGUGUUGGGAGUAAAAAUCACAUUCUAUCAUCUUCUUCUCGUUCAGAUUCUUCCUUGUCACAUAAUAGCAAGAGUAGGAAUUCUAGGAGCAAAUGUGAUGUUGAUUCAGCUCGGUCUCCGUUUCUCGAUCGAUCUUCUUCCACCAAUGCACGGAGGGGAUUUAGUAAUGGGUCUACCAAAAAUGCAUAUAGUAGUUUCAAUGUCAAUAGGAGCCACAGAGAUAAAGACCGGAGCAGGGAGAAGGAUACGUGGAGCUACAUGGAUCCAUGGGAUAAUGACAAUCCUCAAGAUGCCUUCUUGAUUGGUAGGGAUCAGGAGAAACUGAGACGAUCACAGUCAAUGACAACAAGUAAUGUAGAAGUAUUUAUAAUUAUUUAUAUAUAUAGUUUGUUAAUGAUUGUGUAUUUAGAUCACACAUUUUUUUUUUGUUCGUGCGUUUCACCAGAAAAAAUGAAACGUAAGCUUGGACGACCUCAGAAAAAAGGUGGUAAUGCUAAGAACGCACGAUAUGCUCCUACCAGUGUAACUGAUAUAGACCAACUUGGAGGUUUGUUCCGUUACAAUAUCAAUGAAGUUCCUGAUCUAACACCCCGGGAAUUUGUAAUGCACAACAGAGACGAAUGCAUAUCAUGCGUGAGAGGAGAAAAAAAAGAAGCUAUUGGUUUGAUCUUCUUUUUCAUAAUUACAAUGUUUAUUAAUAAUUAUACGUCUGAUUUACACUUAUUAUUUUUUCCGUUAAAAAAACAAACAGAUCUUUUGGCUACUUCUAUCAACACCGAAGAGUUUGCUUGCUUUAUUGCUACUGAUUCUGAGUCCAAUAUAGAUAAUGAUGAAGACUCUAUGUCGGAAAGUGAGGAUGUGGAAAAAUCGAGGUCUGGUAAUAAAAAAAAAGGAAGACCCAAAACACGUGCUAAAAUCUCUGAUUUUUGUGAUGAGGAUGCAACAGAGACCGUUGUUACUAGAACAGAUUUAUUGGAAUCAGUUAGUCAUGUACUGAAAGAUGGAGGUUAUGGUUUUCAUUGUACUAAUAUAUUUCAUUCAACACAUAAUAUAUAACUACUGUGUAAUUAAUACUAAGCAAUGAAUAUUAUUUUAAUUAGGUUAUUACGACGAUGGUGAUCCUAUAUAUAUAUGUGGUAAUUGUAAGGCUUAUAUGUGGUAUGGAGAGAGGUUGGGCAAACGAUAUCGACGUGGGAAGCCUAUAUUCUCCAUGUGUUGUGGUCAGGGUAAAGUCGUUCUUCCACUUCUUAAAUUGGAAAGUGUUGCAAUUUAGCAAAAGAUGAAGUUUUGAAAGUGUUGCUGUAUAUUUACUUAUUGAGAUCGAGCA